GUGGCCUAAAAUGCGAGAAACUAUUCGACGACACGUUCAAGCAUGUACACCUUGUCAACAAUACAAUUACAGUCGCCACAAAAGUGCUGGUCAUCUUCAUCCUAUUCCUCCCACAGACAUUCCAUAUUCAGUGAUCAGCAUGGACUUUUGCGGUCCUUUCAUUGAGUCUCCCAGAGCGAAUAAGUUCGUUCUCGUCAUCUCUGAUUUAUUUACACGUCAUGUCACUGCUAUCGCAGCACCAAAUAAUACAGCAGAAAUGACGGCAAUAACACUCUAUCGAGAAAUUUUUUGUAAAUAUGGAGUCUGCUCUACAUUGAUUACUGAUCAGGGCACACAUUUCAACAAUCAUCUUAUGCGUGCUCUAACACAUCUCUUUGGCUAUAAUCACAUAUAUAGCACUACCUAUCACCCACAGACGAACGCAGUCACUGAACGUUUCAAUGCGUCAAUGAAGGUCCAAAUCUCUAAACUUGAAGACAAACAUCAUAACAACUGGGAUGACUACCUCGACCCUAUUAUCUUCGCAUACACUACUUCAAAGCACAAAACUACACAAUUUUCACCCUUCGAACUACUCUUUGGUCGUUCGCCACGACUACCAAUUGAUCCUCGUCCACAAUUCUACACCUUUGAUCGACCAAAUAUCUGCUUUCAAAAUCUCCAAAGAAUUCUGCAAGUUUAUCAUCAACAAGCUAAGUACAACAUUAUAGCACAACAAAGAUAUAAUAAAGACCGUUAUGAUAAACACCGACCUAAUCCUCAUUAUCACAUUGGCGAUCUCGUCUUCACAAAAAUCUUCACUGCACGCGGAAAAUUAGAUCCUCGUUAUUCUUCUGAACCACACAUCAUUACGGAGAUACAUCAUCCUACUUAUUCUGUUCUCAACGAAUAUACCGGCGUUGUGAAACAAGUUCAUGUCUCUGACAUACGUCCAAUUAUUCCAGCAUAUGAGCCUGAUACUAACAAUUAGUGAUAUGCUCAUUAACUACAAUUCAAUCUUCAAAAAAAAAAAAAAAAUGAAAAUAUAAUACUUCUCUUUUAUUCUUAGAACGCAAUUCGGGUAAAAAUAAAAAACAAAUGAUACUUAUCUUCUAUCCAUAUUAUCACUAUUCUGCCUUUUCACAUACCACAUUCGUUCUCUUGGUGUACGUGAGAGAACAAUAUAUAUUUCACUACAUAAUUUCAUUUAUCUUUGCAACUUUCUUUUUAAGAUCAAAACCAUUCUUGUUGUCAUACUAAUCAUGUCAAGUCUACUUAUUUUUAUAAUUCUUCUUGUCGCUCAAUUCGUUCCGGCUGUCGAUGUUUUUCUCUUUGGUCAGCCUAAAUUGGAAUGCAAACCCUGUGAUUGUCAUCCAGAGUGUCACUGUGAAACAAAAUGUGUACAGCAGCAGAUUAUGAAAGAAUGUAAUCUUGGUGUCGAUAGUCACAACGCACUUGCCUCACAUCAUACACAGGAAAAUCGAACAACUCGAUUUAUUUUAAUUUUCUCGUUAAUCGUAAAUUUUAUUCUAACACUUUUCUUAUUAUUUCGUAAAAGCGUACGAAACUGUUAUCGUGCACAUCAAAUACAAAAACAACAACAAAAAACAGCUAAACAACGAGCAGCUGCUCGUCAACAAACUGAACGCUAUACGAUCGCAUUGAAACAAAUGAUUACGCCACAUGCAGAACAAUGCCCACCAAAACAAAACAGUUCUCAUACAACAUCGGAUCAACCAUUAUUUCACUUGCUCUCCAACUUAAAUAUCUAA